AAAUAGUGUCGGCUUGCCUUGUUGUCGGCAUCCGUCUUGAUGCCAAAUGUUGUGCGUGUGUUAUGUGCUGUUGUAAAUUGAGUAGGCGCAAGGAGGAAAUACGGGAGUGUUUGUAGGAUUGUCAUAAGGGAAACUUUGACCGAAGGAGCCGGAGAUGGCUGUCAACAGUCAGACGUCCAUGGUGCUGUCGCUGCUGCUGACGGUGGGCCUGUUCGCCGGACUGCAGCUGCUGAAGCCGCAGCUGACAGCCUCACCGCUGCUGACUGUGGUCACGGGCGGUGUCUGCUCGUUGCUGUUCCUGCUGCUGGUCACUGCCGUCGGUAACCUGGAGGCCACCCUGUUUGGCAAGGGUUUCCAGACCAAGCUGCUGGAGGUGGUGCUGUGCCUGGCCAUGGCAUGCACCGCAGCUGGGAUGAUUCACCGUGUUUGCAUCACAGUCUGCUUUAUCUUCUCACUGGCGGUGCUGUACUACAUGAACCAGCUGUCACAGGCCACCUACGGUGCACCGGUAGCCGUCCAGCCGGCCCCCUCCAAGAAGAGGCGCUAAGAAUCGUCUUACAUUGACUUCCGAGCGGUGCGCAGCGCCGAGGGCUGGUGGAUACCCCUCCUCGACGAACGGGGUUUAUGGGAGACGCCGAAUGUGAUGACUCGAUUGGCAGAUCGAGAUGGCGAAGAUCCACGGACUGGCUAACUGUGCUUCAGGGGACUUCGGACGGGCAUGGCUUCGUGACUUCGGUGCUUAAUGUGAAAAAACUCAUAGAUGUGACAAAACCGCUGCAAAAAUUGGCGCAGGCGUCCCACGAGUGUGUGUGAUAUUUGCACUGCAUUUUUAUAGCUGGUACACUACAUUUUUGUGCUCUAAUUAUCCAAUAGGAUGUCACUUAGACAUUUAAUGUACCGGACCAUGGUUGUCCUAGUUAUUGUUUCCUGGAUAUUGGAAUGAUUACCGCACAUUCCUGUUAAUAAACGGAGUAGUUACGUUAA